ACACCCACACCUUUUUUCAGUAAGUUUCACUUCUCAGUAACACAGGAAAUAUAAGCUGCUGCUGAUCCAAAUCAUAGAGUCGGCGAGGACGUUUGUUCAGGAGCCGACUUCAAACUUGGCAAAGACGCUUUAUUGAUUAAGGAACGCAGCAACAUGCUCCAACCCGUGAUAGUGGGACUCGUGCUCAUUUCCUGCACUUGUGCAGAAAAUCCAGGAGUACAAGUCAUCUUGACUGACAAAGGACUGCAGUACGGAAAGCAUCUGGGUGCAGGAUGGAUUCAAGAGAAGCUGCCCCUCGUCACUUUCCCCGACAUCAACGGUCGACUCCUUGGCAGCAUAUACUACACGCUAUCGGGAGUCACCAUAACCAAGUGUGACCUUCCAGAGCCGUCCGUUGAGUUCUAUCAGGAGGUCAAUGGGGUGAAGACAUCCGUCUCGGGCCUCAGUGUUGCAGUAACCGGCAGGUGGACGACACAGUUUGGCCUAAUACAUGACGGGGGCUCAUUCAACCUGGCUUUGUUCAAUAUGGAUGUGACCUCUGAAGUGGCGCUGGGGAAAGAUGAUGGCGGGCAUCUGUCCGUCACAAGUGUCCACUGCAAUACUCGGCUUCAAGAUGUGAACAUGCAAUUUUAUGGUGGAGCGAGCUGGAUGUUCAACCCUUUGGUGGACUAUUUCAAGGGACAUAUCAAGAGUAAAAUAGAGGCUGCAAUCUGCCCUGCUGUGGACGAAUACAUCGCAAACCUGGAGUACCACCUACAGGCCAUGAAAGUUUCCUUUGAUGUGGAUGAAAACGUUACUUUUGACCUGCCUCUCAUCAGCAUACCCAUCGUUAAUGCUUCUAGCAUGAAUCUAGGUCUUAAGGGAGAAUUCUACAGCGUAAGACCUCGCAUAGACCCUCCCUUUGAGGCCCAGCCUUUCACCGUGGAGAAACAGCCGGGCUACAUGCUGUCAGUGGGCCUCUCUGAGUUUACUCUGAACUCCGCCUCGUUUGCACUCCACUCAGCCGGCCUGCUGCAGACCAUCAUCACCGACAGCAUGAUACCUCCAAACAUCCCUGUACACCUGAACACCAGCUGGAUGGGUCCUUACGUUCCCCAGCUUCCCAAGAUGUUUCCCGGACUUCUGAUGGUUCUGCAGAUCUAUGCCAGAGAAGUGCCCAUGUUUUCCUUCCAGUCUGGAGUUGUUAAGCUGCCUAUUGAGGGCGCUGUUAAAGCUUUCGCCAUCCAGCCAAAUGGGACCCAGAUCCCACUGUUCAAACUCCAUGUCGUGAGUACCUAUUAGUCUUCAUGUCAACAAAGUGGCUGCACAGUGGAUAUUAUAUACGUACAUUUAAGAUAAAUUACAACCAAUGGUAAGAGUAAUGAAAUUAAAUAAACUAUUAUCAUUUAUGAACACUGUUAUUUAUUAAAUAUAAAUU